AUCCUCUUUUCAGCCUCCUUUCCCUGGACCGGGGCUGCCUGGUGGCUCCUGAUGAGUUCUUGCAUAGCACACGGCUUGCUGAGGCAUGGGAUGAGCAGACAAAAGAGAAGCACAGGAAAAUGGCGCUGGAGGUUAACAUGUCAAAAGAGCACCUGUUUCCCUGGAGGGACAUGACCUGGCAGGCAAAAGCUGACAAUGAAGGGCUCAGGCAGAGGCUGUGGGACCUGGAGAAGGCACUGGAGCAGGCACAGAAAGACAAGUGAGACAUUCAUGAAGAAAUGACCUGACAACACCAGGAGCUGCAGAAGCAGACAGCAGCCCACAGCCAGUGCUCGAAGGCCAAGGUGAAGAGCCUACAGGAGCAGCUCAGUAGCCUGGACCUUGUGCUGGCCAAGAUGGCAGAGGCCAGCCAGCACUGGAAAGAAGUAGGAAUGACCAUCGCCAUGAAGCACAAGGAGCACCUGCAAGAGUUCAGCCUCAACCCCUUGGAGAUACAGCACUCUGGGGCUCCUGGGACGGGACAAGCUCUCAGCCCCUACCUCCCUAUCAGCAAUCUUGGAGAGCUUUCCACAUCCACUGUUCAACACUCCAGCAGCCCUGGGCUAGUGGCCUGA